AUGGAGCGUGCUGGAGACGCAAGCGUGAGCCUCGUGGUCAUCGGCGACUCGCUCGCUGGCAAGACAAGUGUGGUGCAGCGGUACAUCCAUGGUCGCCCGCCGGCCGAGAGCUAUGCGCCCACGGUCAUGGACCAGUUCGCCUACGCCGUCAACGUGGGCGACCGCACCAUCCAGGUCCACUUGUGGGACACACAGAUGUGGCAAAACGUGGAUGCCGAUUGCUAUCUCCUCUGCUUCGAUCUCAGCGACAUGUCUGCGCUCGCCCGCAUCCAGGACAAGGCCAGAGCCAAGGACACGCCGUUCGUCGUGGUCGGGUGUCGGUCCGACCUGCGCGAGCGCGGCGUGGACUGCAUCGACACCGAAACGGCGGCCCUGGUUGCCGAGGGCCUCGACGCCUGGGGCUACAUCGAAGUAACGAAAACGGGCGACAAGGUGAAGGACCUGUUCGACAACGUCGUGCUGUGCGCGCUCGAGGGCCAGGCGGAGUCGCGCGCUGCUGCGACGACGACGACAGCGCCCACGGUGCAGGCCACGCCGCCCGGCCAGCGCACGACGGCGGAGGAGACAAUAAAGGGAAAAGAGAAAGCGAACGACAACGACGAAGCCGAAAAUGAAGUGCAGCCCGACGAGGGCAAGUUCACCCGGCCUGGCCUCUCAACCGACGAAAAAGAGAAGUGGGAGAACUUCCACUACUGGAACGUGUUCGGAAUGGAGAAUUGGUAUCCGCUGCUGAAGGACUUCACAUUCCCCACCACCCUCCUCCCGCUCUCGCAGGAGGAGGCCCUGGCCUUCGUCGACUAUCAGGAACGGGCGCUCAAGUCGCUUGACCAGGCCGAUCUGCCGCCGGUCACAUCGCCCGUUCUCAAGCACCUUCCUAAGGACGGUGCCACGGGCAACGGCCGAAUUCAACAGCACCUGGACGCCGCCAUCGAAAACGUAACUGAACGCAAUAUCACGAGCAACCAAUACGGGCUAUGUGCGCUCUACACGGCGUUGCACCGCGCGAUGCGGGUUGAGAGCGCCGAGGAGGCCCUCAAGCUCCUCCUGAUCUCCUUCCGCACCCUGGAAGACGUCAAGAAACGCCUGGAGUACCGAGAGCGGACCUGGAGCCUCUGCGUGGCGGUGCGACAGUGGGUCGACUUCGCGCCCGCCAUGCAGUUCAGGGGCUUCGUCUACCAGGGCCGCUUGAACGCGCUGUCGCAGUACUUCUACGACUGCUACUUCCCCGUGCUGCAACGACACAAGGACAAGAUCGAAGCCAGUUUGGUGAGCUUCUGGCAGUCGUUCCGGGAGAAGGUGCCCUACAAGUCGUACGUGGUCGACUUGGCCAUACUGCCGUGCGAUCUCGACCAGGCCGACCCCUUGCCCGUGCGCAUCAUCGAAUUCAACCCCUUCGACUAUUACACUGACGCGGCCAUGUUCAACUGGCUGGCGGACAAGCAGACGUUCCGCGAGGGUCCCUUCGAGUUUCGCAUCAACGAGGCACGCCCGCCGCAAUCAUCACCAUCACCAUCAAUCUUGAAAAUGUCUUACGUUUUGGAGUGCGGCACCCACUGA